AUGGCCUCCGUGAGGGCGACAAAGAGGAUAGUCGCGGUGAAUAGAGGGCACCAGCAACGCCACACCGCCGCCACCACCACCGCCACGACCACCACACCACCAGCACCACUACUACCAACACCGCCACUGCCACCGACGUGGAGGCACUGCACCUCUCUCACAGUUUUCGCCACUUUUUCGCACGGCCCUCGCCCACCUCCGUCACAUACAUAUUCCGUGGAGCAGCCAGCGUUUGCGCGCACCUUCGUUUCACUCAAUGGACGUUUCCGGGACAGGCGCUGCACCACCGCCGCUGCCGUGGACGCUGCUGCUGCUGCUCCCGUUGCCGCUAAUCCACUACUGACUGCCCGUACCUGUCGUUCCAACACGCACGACCACGAUCGAGGGAUCGCUCGGGCUCGACUGCCGCACGACGGCCCUACUUCGGCCAUCUUCGGAUCGCUUCGGCGAUUUACGCUCACUUUCCGCACAGGAACGGCGAUAUUGUGGGCGCAUCAAGCACCCCGUCCUCGUUUCCUCUCGAAUGACUCAUGUGCCACACUGACGUAUACACAUUUUAACAGUUGUUGCUUUAAGAAACCAUCACGGCCUCUUUAUCGCAUGAAUCUGCAGAACAUAUGGACAUUGCCACAUGAAAAUGUUAUAAAACAACAAGCAACAAGCCUCUCUAGUUUGAAUAGCAAAACAUUGAAUUUUCCGCAAAUGUUUUAUACCUUAAUUUUCAAGAGCAUAUGCUUUUCGUUACUCUAAUGUUAAUGUUUUUCCGCAUUUGAGCGGAAUCAUAAUGACGUCGGUGGAUGACGCGAAUCGCUUUUCCAAUAUGAUCAAUUUAUGAAAUUUUAUUUUGCUUUAUAUGCAAUUUUAUUUAGAAUCAUGAUAUACAUAACCCAUAAUGAAAAAUAUACGCGUUUAUUUUAUCCGUUAAUUUUAUAAUGCUAAAUUACAACGAAAUAAACAUUUGUUUCGUGCAAUCGUUUUCUUCAUCGAUUUCUCGUUUUACCAUGCGUCACGAUACGCCGGUUUCCGACAAAAAAAAAGAAAAGACAACAGUAUACGGGUAAUCGAACCAGCGAUUUGCAACCAUGGUAGUGAGAAACGGAAAUAAGUAAAAUUCCGACCGAUCUAAGCACUUUCACGGUCGUGCCACCGUCGUCGCCAACAUUCGCGCUCGUGUCUUGUGAUUAAUUCAUAAUCUCAUUAAACAAUAAUAAACGAGAGAUCGAAAA